AUAGUCGAACUUCUUGUAUAUCACCUCUGCUUCAGAGUUUCGAUAGGAGAUGUUGCCUGUGCAGAUUUUGAAAGAUCAUGCGCAAGAAGAGCGCGGCAAUACAGCUCGUCUCAGCUCAUUCGUUGGGGCCAUUGCCAUCGGAGACCUUGUAAAAUCCACUCUAGGUCCAAAGGGAAUGGAUAAAAUCCUCAUCAGCGGAAAUGGUGAACAUCAAGGAAUAAAAGUCACCAAUGAUGGUGCUACGAUCUUGAAGUCCAUCGGUGUCGACAAUCCAGCUGCCAAGGUUCUUGUGGAUGUGUCAAUGAACCAGGAUAACGAAGUCGGGGAUGGGACAACAUCCGUUACUGUGCUUGCAGCCGAACUCCUCAGAGAGGCAGAGAAGUUGGUCAACCAGCGUGUGCAUCCUCAAACGAUCAUAUCGGGAUAUCGGCGAGCUUUGACAAUUGCUCAGAAUGCUCUUCGUCAGUCGUGCGUCAGCUCAGGAGAUAAUCUAGAAGAAGAUUUACUGAGAAUUGCCCGUACUACUCUGGGCUCAAAAAUUCUAAACCAACACAAGGAUCAUUUUGCGAAGCUUGCUGUUGACGCUGUACUCAGAUUAAAGAGCUCAGGAAAUUUGGAUGCCAUACAGAUCAUCAAGAAACUUGGGGGGUCAUUGAACGAGUCCUAUCUUGAUGAAGGUUUUCUUCUCGAAAAGCUGCCAGGCAUGUAUCAACCUAGAAGAGUUGAGAAGGCUAAGAUUCUUAUUGCCAAUACCCCCAUGGAUACUGACAAGGUGAAAGUUUUUGGUUCAAGAGUACGUGUUGAAUCUGUUGCCAAAGUAGCAGAGUUGGAAGCAGCAGAGAAACUCAAAAUGAAAGAAAAGGUGGAUAAAAUUCUUGCGCACAAUGCAAAUGUAUUCAUCAACAGACAACUCAUCUAUAAUUAUCCUGAACAGUUGUUUGCCGAUGCUGGUGUUAUGGCUAUCGAACAUGCCGAUUUUGAAGGCAUUGAGAGACUAGCGCUGGUCUUAGGAGGCGAAAUUGUUUCCACUUUCGACACACCCGAAAAUGUCAAGUUUGGAUCAUGUGAUCUCAUUGAAGAGGUUAUGAUUGGAGAGGAUCGUCUCUUGCGUUUUAGUGGUGUACCACUUGGUGAGGCCUGCUCCAUUGUUCUUCGUGGUGCUACCCAGCAGAUAUUAGAAGAAGCGGAAAGGUCGCUUCAUGAUGCACUUUGCGUGCUUAUUACUCAUGUGAAAGAAUCGAAAACUGUAGCUGGAGCAGGAGCAUCUGAAAUUAUGAUGAGCACAGCUGUCAUUGUAGAAAGCCAGAAGGUUGCUGGAAAGGAAGCCUUAGCUGUGGAGUCAUUUGGACGCGCUCUAGCUCAACUACCUACCAUAAUUUGCGACAAUGCCGGCCUUGACAGCGCCGAGCUCGUUACCAGACUGAGAGCAGAACAUGCAAAUGGACACCAUAAUAUGGGGAUAGACAUUGAGAAUGGUCAAGUUGCGGAUGUUAUCAAAAUGGGAAUUGUCGAAUCUCUCAAUGUCAAGAUGUGUAUGGUUUCAAGCGCCGCAGAAGCUGCUGAGCAGAUUGUGCGCGUUGACAACAUUAUCAAAUGCGCUCCACGACCACAUGCGCUACAUCGUCGAAUAUAA